AUGGAUUUAUAGAUGUUCCAGACGAGAAAGUUUGUAAAUCAUUUGAAAUUGAAUAUUCUUUAGUUUAGCAAAAAGAGGGAGCACCUUUUAGUAAUACUUUAUGUGAAUAUGGAUAGAUUCUCUAUCCAAAUAGAAAUAAUUCUUUUUAAUUAAAAAAAUGAUAAUCAUUUAAUUAUAAUCAGUCCUUAAUCCAAUUCCUAUGAAAUUUUAUGUGUUGAUUGUAUUUAUUAUCCAUUUACUUGGUAUUUAACACCAAUAUGCAAAUAUGAUUUUAGAUCAUUAAAAUAGACUGCAUAAGGCGUAUUUAACUAUAUUAAACAAAAUUAAUUAAAUUAUGAUUUUUAUCAUAUUGACAAAGAUAAGUUUAUUGAGAUUCAUCCAGGUUUCAUGAAUUUUUGUGACAUAGAAUUACAAUCUUUUACAAGUAUCAAAGAAGCAAGAUUUUAUUUACUAAAACUGGAAUGUAUUAUUAUAAUUCUAAUUACUAUUAAUGUCCUUUUACUUGUUUCACUUGCUAGUGUAAUGUUGAAUCAAAUAAUUUUUAAUGUAAAUCUUAUUUGGAUGAUUAUACUUUAUAUAAUGGAGAAUGUGUUCGUUGUGGAAAUUUCUGUGUUGUUUGCAAAAUAUACGAUUCAAAAAAAAGUAUAAGUUAUCUAAGAUGUUAAAAAUGUAAAUAGUGAAAAAGAGAGAGAUUUUUUAUAAAUGAUUCAAAGUACUUUUUAUCAUCUGAUGGAAUAAAUUUCUUUGAAAAUCCAAAAAUUUCAUCAUGAUUUUUAAGUUUGCCAACUAAUUUCUAGAUUAACAAUCUUGAUCUCAAUUUUUCACCAAAAGAUGAUUGACAUAAUAUUAUUAAAAUAUGUGGAAGAUAUCAUUUUAAUAAUGAAAAUUAAUACUUGCUUAUAAUAACCUGAUUAACCUGAUUAUUAAUGCUUCUUAUUAUAUGCAGAACUUCAUAGUAAUUUUACUUUUAUAGAUGAUAAUUUAAUAAAUAAGAUGAACGUGAAUUUUGAAAAAGAAAUUCAGAAUUAGGUUAUAUCUAUUGCAUUUAAUCCCUAAUAUAUUGGAUAUCUAUGUUACAUCACAACAAUAUUGUUUUAUUCACUAAACAUAUAGAAAAUUAUUAUUAAUUUUUGAUUAUUUUCAUUAUAUUAUAAAAAAAGCAAAGAUAAAAGUUUAAUAUCUAGAGAUUAAUCAAAUUAUGAAUCUUCAAGAUAAAAAAUCGGUAAAUUUAAUCAAUAAUGUCCAGGAUUUAUUGAGAAUUGUUAAAGUUGUUUAAGAGAAAAGGUAACAAUGCAGCAGUAGUCAAUAUUUGUCUAACUUGUAAAAAUGGAUAUUAUGCUGACAGAGUAUCAGGUAAAUGCUUUUAAUGCCCAUCAGAAUUACAGCUUUUUUUUAAUUUUUUAUUUAUUCGAAAGAUGA